AUGUCAUCGCCGCUCACGAACUUGUACUACAAGCGCGCGGUGGGCACCGAGAAGGCGUGCUACGUCUGCCACAAGCCCACCAAGACGGUGCUCGCGACGCUCAACACGACCGACUUUCUCUACACCUGCGACACCCACCUCGCCGACCCGGGCUUCGCAAGUCAGGUGGGCGCCGUCUCGGAUGGCGUGGGCGCGGGCGGGGCGAAGAAGAUGGGCCUCAGCUCGGAGGAAAUCGCGAAGGUGAAGGCGGAGUGGGAAGAGCGCCAGAAGAAGAAGGCGGAUAAAGCGAAGGAGAAAGAGAAGGAUAAGGACAAGGAUAAGGACGACAAGGAGAAAGACGGGGAGGACGAGAAGAAAUCCAAACCGUCGCCGUCGCUCACGCCCGCGACGAGUGCGUCCCCGCCCCCAGCGCCGACGCCGACGCACCAGCGGUAUACACUCCACCGCGACAUAUUCGCCCUCCGCCUCGCUGAGCAUCGUAGAAAGAGACAAGCUGCGCAGGCGAAGGAUCUCGCUCCGCGCUUCCCCGGGGCACCAGUGGGCCGCCUUCCAUGA